AAAAACAAUUGGACGACGUUGACAACGACAACAGAUUCCCAGCUCAUCGUUCCUGCUCUCGACGCUUCUUUUCCUCAUAGAUGGCUGCGAGACGCUUGCCAAUGCGCAGCCUGCGUGCAUCCUUCUACAUCUCAGAAGCUUCAUAAAGCAUCGGAUAUUCCCUCUGAUAUUCGUCCCAUUCCUGAUGGUGUAUCUUUCCAGGACAGAGGCAUACACGUCGAGUGGGUAGACAAUCACAAAUCGUUCUACGAGCAUUCUUUCUUGGAACGCUACUCAUCACCUUCGCGACUGUCGUCUUUUCACAAAGAUGUACAACCGACAUCUUGGGAUGUAUUUACCAUCUACCAAGCGCCUGACCUCUAUAUGGCCUACGAAGCCAUAAAAAACCCUUCCCAGCUUCUAUCUGCCAUCACACAGCUUACUCGUUAUGGACUACUCUUCCUCACAGGUGUCCCAAACACCGAGCAUACAAACGAGAAAUGCGAGCUCCGCAAACUUGCCAAUAUUUUCGGCCACAUUCGCCCAACCAUCUACGGGGAGUUGUGGGAUGUUAAGAACAUCCACAACAGCAAAAAUAUUGCCUAUACUGAUCUUGACUUAGGCAUGCACAUGGAUCUCCUAUACUUCGAACACCCUCCUCGAUAUCAGAUUCUCCACUGCCUUCGCAAUCAGGUCGUAGGCGGAACUUCGCGUUUUGUUGAUGGUCUUCGCGCGGCGGAGACGUUGCGUGAGACCCAUCCAGCAGACUUCGAUACCCUGGUGACCACACCGGUCCCAUUCCAUUACAUCAAUGACAGACACCACCUUCACUACGAGCAUCCCACUAUCGAACUCGCUUCGUUGCCCCCAGCAAUGGGCACUGGCUCAUCCACAACCGGUAUCUCUGCACCCGGCGUGCCAGAAAUAAAGGACAUUAAUUAUUCCCCGCCUUUUCAAGCUCCUCUGCUGUUAGAUUCGACUCCUCCCGCAUUUUACGGUGCCCUGGGACGCUACGCUGCUCUGCUUGAUGACCCUACGAACUACCUAGAGUAUACUCUGCGCGAAGGCGAUGCCGUCCUAUUCGACAAUCGGCGGGUUUUACAUGCACGCACUUCAUUCAUUGAAGAUGGCUCCGAUGCAGAUGCACAUAGCGAGACUGCUCGAUGGCUGAAGGGUUGUUAUUUUGAACCUGAUACCAUGCUAGAUCGGGGAAGGGUGUUGAGGGCGAAGCUUGAGAAGGAAUCUCUCUAG